AAGCAUCUCUGUAAAUCUCUCAUAAAUCCUUUCGUUUCAUCUUCAAUCUGAUCAUCAUCGUUAAGGUUGAGCUUGGAAUCUGAUACAGCAAUGGCGAUGCACGAUGAAUUCACCACACUUGAUUUCAUCAGACAACACCUGCUUGAUGAAUGUGAAAGUGAAAGUGAAAUCCCUUCUCCUCCACUUCAUCCUCUGGAUUCAUUGUCAAAUAUUGACCUAAGUGAUUGUUUCCUAUCAGAUUUUAAUUCACUGGAUUGGUCUACGAGUAAUGGUUAUAGUCCGCAGAGUGAUCCUUCGAGCUCAGGGAGCUCAUUUUUUGAUUCGCCUCUUUCGGUUUCUAGUUUUUUUGACGCUACUGAUGUCGACAACACUUGUAGUUUCUAUCAAUUUAGGGAUUCAAAUUCAAUUAACUUCUCUGAAUUUGAGUCCAAACCUGAAGUGAUCGAUUUAACAGUACCGGAAUUGGUUGAAUCGAGUCCGUCAUCGAAGAUGAAGCAGGAUACAGAAGAUGAAAGACGGUACAGAGGCAUACGGAGGAGGCCAUGGGGAAAGUACGCAGCGGAGAUCCGAGAUCCAAAACAACGUGGAUCUAGAGUGUGGUUGGGAACUUUCGACACCGCCAUUGAAGCUGCAAAGGCUUACGAUAGAGCCGCGUUUAACAUGCGUGGUAGAAAAGCAAUUCUAAACUUUCCUCUGGAGAUUGGGAAGAAUUUGACGGAAAAUGCGGUGGUUAGUGGCGGUCGGAAGCGGCGAUCGAGAGAUAUGAAUGAGGUGGAAAUGGGGCAGAAUGUGGUGAUUAAGAAGGAAAAAAGAAUCAAAAUCUGAUUUUGUGCACCCAUUAAUGCGGUGAAGAUGUAACCUGCAGAUUUAUGUUAUUAUUAUUUUUUA